GAUUCUGGCUUGUUUGGGGGUUUUCUUUCCUUCUUUUUAUUGGAUAUCAAUGACUGAUUGCCAAAUGGUUUCCUCAGAUUUCACGGCAGAUGAGAAGAUGGAGAUGGAGAAUAUCAAGAUAUACAAGGAAGACCUGCUGGAUGAAAUCCAAAAACUAAAGCUGGAGAUUGACAAUGUCAUGGCGGGGAUACUCAGCUUUGAGUCAGCAGAGGAAAGCAAGACGUUAGAGAAGAAUAAACAGUUCUCCAAUGGGAAGAAGAAAUUCAACAUGGACCCCAAAAAGGGUAUCAAUUUCCUGGUGGAGAAUAGGCAUCUGGAGAGAAAUGCACAGUCUAUCGCAGAGUUCCUCUACAAGGAGGAGGGACUCAACAAGACAGCCAUUGGAGAAUUCCUCGGGGAAAGAGAGGAGCUCCACCUCCAGACCCUGAAGGCCUUUGUGGAGCUGCACGAGUUCUCCGACCUCAACCUGGUGCAGGCCCUCAGGCAGUUCUUGUGGAGUUUCCGUCUGCCCGGAGAAGCCCAGAAGAUUGACCGCAUGAUGGAGGCUUUUGCAACCCGCUACUGUGACUGCAACACUCAUGUCUUCCAGUCGACCGACACAUGCUACAUCCUGUCAUUUGCCAUCAUCAUGCUGAACACCAGCCUCCAUAACCCCAACGUGAAAGACAAAACAACUCUGGAGCGUUUCUUCUCAAUGAACAGAGGAAUCAACAAUGGAGAGGAUCUACCUAAUGAUCUGCUCUCGAAACUGUACGAGAGCAUUCGCAACGAGCCCUUCAAAAUCCCAGAGGAUGAUGGGAAUGACCUGACUCACACCUUCUUCAACCCUGACAGAGAAGGCUGGCUCCUCAAACUUGGAGGCCGAGUGAAAACAUGGAAGAGGCGAUGGUUCAUCCUGACUGACAACUGCCUGUACUACUUCGAGUUCACCACCGAUAAGGAGCCCAGAGGCAUCAUCCCUCUAGAGAAUCUCUCCGUGAGAGAAGUGCCUCAACCUCGCAAACCUUACUGUCUGGAGCUGUACAACCCCAAUAGCAGAGGGCAGAAGAUCAAGGCAUGUAAAACAGAGACAGAUGGCAGAGUGGUGGAGGGGAAACACCAGUCCUACAUGAUCUGUGCUGCCACCGCUGAGGAGAGAGACUCCUGGAUCGAGGCCAUCAGAGCGAGUAUCACCAAGGAUCCCUUCUAUGACUUGGUCUCAGUCCGUAAGAAGAAGGUGAUAAACCAGGCCCCUCAAGACUGAGCUGUGCAGCGCCCCCUGUGGACGUUUUAUCAAAGUGCACCACAGUGUGAUUCUGUCCUAUUUAACAAGACAACAGAGACACUGAAGGCUCAAACAGACGGACACUGACAGUGGUCGUUUGAGCUAAAAGUGGGACUUCUCUUUCCACUUCUCUUUUUACAGACUGAACAACACAAUGUCAAAGGUGGCUGUUAUUGUUGCUCUGUGUCAUUGUGACGAGCUGCAACGUGACAAACUGGCCAUGGUGGGAUUAGCCAUGUGUGGAUUUGUGCAUUUCUGUUUUAGAUAAUUUUUACUUGCAUAAUUUGCCAUGAGAAGACUGUUAUGCUUUUAUGUUCAUGUCUCGCUCCAUAAGAUUUAGUUAGCUACUAGGAGGAGGAGGAGGAGGAGGAAGGCAAUCAAGCAUGUGAUGUGUCAGUAGUUCCUCGUACGCUAUAAAAAGUCGAGAUGUAGAUUUUUUGUAGAUACUGAAGAGUUCUCACAAGGCUCAAAAAUAGAAAAGCACAAGUAGAGCCGCUGUAAAAUGCUUCACUUCUGUCUAAUGUACUUUAAAGUUACAAGAGUUUAAUUUCCACUGUGUGCUGUUUUGAUUUCUUGGAUGAAACUGUACGAAAGUUUCACAAGUUGAUAUGAAAUGUAUAGUUCUUACCGAGUGACA